GUUUUUUGCCUUGGUAAAUAUUGCAUCCUUCAUGUGGGAUACCUCACAUAAUGUGGGAUACCCCACUUAAGCCCUUCCCCCUUUUAAUUUUGCUCAAACAUCCUAGAGUUUUCGCACUUUUUCAGUUUUUUACCCAUCUUUUGAAAAGAAUGGGGACGGUGGCCAAAAGUCGGGGCUCGGAUGGGAGAUCAUCAUGAGAAAGUAUGAUGGCACCUGGACAUGCUGAAUUAAGCAGAUUUUGAAUGGGACCCGAACUCUGUUUGAGUGGGUAGAGGGCCUGUUGGAAGGAUCUCAGAGGAAAGAUGUGCAGAUCAGCUCUCAAAAUGUCUUCUGUGUCUUCCAUGUACCUCCUAAGCCAGUUGCGUUAGUCCUCCAACUAGUUGACUAAUAGAAUUAAUAACUGUAAAAGCAAAAAAGCAAAACCACACACAACAAAAAGCAUUCUAGAGCCACAUGCCUUAUGAAGUCAAUGCUGGGUAUGAUUUUACAAAUAUGGUCCGGAAAAAGAACCCCCCUCUAAGAAACAUUGCUAGUGAAGGUGAAACAGAGGCCCUGAAGUCGCCAGGUUCUGCCAGUGACAUUAUUGAAAGGAAACAAGAAUUUUCUGCCGGUCAGAUGCAAGAAAACACUGAGCCGGGUGAGGUUGUGGAGCAAACUGACAAGGAGGGGUUUUGCACACGUGUCCCUGAGCCAUCUCCCAGUACUACAAAGGACUUGAAAAUCUCAGUGACGAACGAAAAGACUGGCUUCAAUUAUGAAAGCCACAAUAAGGGAGGAAAUGUUCCAUCCUUCCCUCAUGAUGAGGUGACAGACAGAAAUAUGCCAGCCUUCUCAUCUGCAGCUGUUGAGGGAAUCUCAGAGUCCUUGAAGUCUCCUCUCAGAUCAGAUGCAGAUGACACCCAAGAUGUGGUCUGCGCUCCGUCAGGCGAUCUGAUGGAGAAAAGCGAAGAGCACUGCAUGUCGCCAAAAUCUGCGGAUGAGACAGUGCAUGUGCAAAGCGGUCAAUCUGAUGGCCGGGGUUCAAGCCCAGCCUCGGUGGCCUCGAAAAACCCACAAGUGCCUUCAGAUGGGGAUUUAAGGUCAAACAAACUGAAAACAGAAUUGUUGGCAAAUGAGAAUCCAGAUACUGCGCCUCUUUCUCCAGAGCUUCAGGACUUUAAAUGCAACAUCUGUGGCUACGGUUACUAUGGGAAUGACCCCACAGAUCUAAUCAAACACUUCCGCAAAUACCACCUCGGGCUGCACAACCGCACCAGGCAGGAUACUGAGCUCGACACUAAAAUUUUGGCUCUCCACAACAUGGUACAAUUCAGCCACUCCAAAGACUUCCAAAAAGUCAAUUGUUCUGUGCUGUCAGGGGUCCUUCAGGACAUCAAUUCUCAAAGACCCAUCUUGCUAAAUGGAACUUACGAUGUGCAGGUGACUUUAGGUGGGACUUUUAUUGGCAUUGGACGCAAAACUCCAGAUUGCCAGGGCAACACCAAGUAUUUCCGCUGCAAGUUCUGCAACUUUACCUACAUGGGCAAUUCAUCAACAGAGCUGGAGCAACACUUCUUGCAGACCCAUCCAAACAAGAUAAAAUCCACUCUUCCUGCCUCUGAAACCAGUAAACCUUCAGAGAGGAACUCGAGCAAGUCCAGCCCUACUGUUCGAUCUAGUGAGACUGGAGAUUUGGGGAAAUGGCAGGACAAGAUCACCGUAAAAGCUGGAGAUGACACUCCGGUUGGUUAUUCGGUGCCCAUCAAGCCUCUUGAAUCCUCAAGGCAAAACGGUACGGAUGUCUCCAGUUACUACUGGUGCAAAUUCUGCAGCUUUAGUUGUGAAUCAUCCAGCUCACUCAAACUGUUAGAACAUUACAGCAAGCAUCAUGGGGGGAGCCAGGCAGGGGGCCUUCACCCAGAUCGGAGUGACAAGCUCCCAAGGGGGUCAGUCAUUAAUCAUAAUGACUUAGCCAAAAAUGCAGAUGGAGAGUUAGCAGCAAAGACUGAGAAGGGCACUAGCAUGGCCAGAAAGAAAGACUUUUCCAGCUCAGGAGUGGAGGACAACGUGGUGACAAGCUACAAUUGUCAGUUUUGUGAUUUUAGGUACUCUAAGAGCCAUGGCCCAGAUAUAAUAGUGGUGGGGCCUCUUCUUCGCCAUUAUCAGCAGCUACACAACAUUCACAAGUGUACCAUUAAGCACUGUCAGUUUUGUCCUCGAGGCCUCUGUAGUCCAGAAAAGCACCUUGGAGAAAUUACUUAUCCUUUUGCUUGCAGGAAAAGUAAUUGUUCCCACUGUGCUCUCUUGCUUUUGCACUUGUCCCCUGGAAUGCCAGGAGGCUCCAGAGUCAAGCACCAGUGUCACCAGUGCUCUUUCUCCACCCCCGAUGUAGACAUUCUCCUGCUUCACUAUGAAACCACACAUGAAGCCCAGGUGUCUGAAGUCAAGCAAGAAGCAAAUGCCCUGCAAGGGGGGGAUGGACCGCUGACUGUCCAAGAAAGCAAAGAACACUCAUGUACCAAAUGUGACUUUGUCACUCAGGUUGAAGAGGAGAUUUCCCGACACUACAGGAGAGUCCAUAACUGUUACAAAUGCCGCCAAUGCAGCUUCACAGCUGCCGAUACUCAGUCCUUACUGGAGCACUUCAACACUGUGCACUGUCAAGAAAUGGAGGCCACCACAGCCAAUGGGGAAGAUAGCCAUGGGGUGACUGCUGCUCUCAAAGAAGAACCCAAAAUUGAUCUGAAGGUUUAUAGCCUGAUCAUUGCUGACCCAAAAAUGGGGGAGCAUGUCUCUGAGACCAUAGUGAAGAAGGAAAAGCUGGAUGAGAAGGACACAUUGAAAGAGAAAUGUUGGCCGGAUGGGUCCAGUGACGAUCUUCGCAGCACGCCUUGGAGAGGAGUAGACAUUUUGAGGGGAAGUCCAUCCUACACCCAGACAAGCUUGGGCCUUCUGACCACAGUGUCUGUUGGCCAAGAGCAGCCAAAGCCCUUAAGGGAUAGUCCAAAUGUAGAAGCUGCACAUCUUGCACGGCCUGUUUAUGGCUUGCCUGUUGAGACCAAGGGGUUCCUGCAGGGGGUACCCCAAGGAGGCGGAGAGAAAUCUGGACCACUCCCUCAGCCAUACCCUGGAUCUGGUGAUAACAAGUCAAAAGAUGAAUCUCAGUCCCUCUUACGGAGACGUAGAGGCUCGGGUGUUUUUUGUGCCAAUUGCCUGACCACAAAGACCUCUCUCUGGAGAAAGAAUGCAAAUGGAGGAUAUGUAUGCAAUGCGUGUGGUCUCUACCAGAAGCUUCACUCGACUCCGAGGCCUUUAAACAUCAUUAAGCAGAACAACGGCGAGCAGAUCAUUAGAAGACGGACAAGAAAGCGCCUUAACCCAGAGGCUCUUCAGGCUGAGCAGCUAAACAAACAGCAGAGAGGAAACAGUGAGGAACAAGUCAACGGCAGCCCAUUAGAUAGGAGGUCAGAGGAUCAUUUAACAGAAGGUCACCAGAGAGAAGUCCAGCUUCCCAGCCUGAGUAAAUAUGAAGCCCAGGGUUCAUUGACUAAAAGCCAUUCUGCUCCACAGUCAAUAUUGGUCAGCCAAUCUCUGGAUAUUCAUAAAAGGAUGCAACCUUUGCACAUUCAGAUAAAAAGUCCUCAGGAAAGUACCGGAGACCCAGGCAAUAGUUCCUCUAUAUCAGAAGGAAAAGGAAGCUCAGAGAGAGGGAGUCCAAUAGAGAAAUACAUGAGACCUGCUAAGCACCCAAACUAUUCACCACCUGGAAGCCCAAUUGAAAAGUAUCAGUACCCACUUUUUGGGGUUCCAUUUGUACACAAUGACUUUCAAAGUGAAGCUGAUUGGCUGAGAUUCUGGAGUAAAUAUAAGCUGCCCGUUCCUGGGAAUCCACACUACUUGAGUCAUGUGCCUGGCCUACCAAAUCCUUGCCAAAACUAUGUGCCUUAUCCCACCUUUAAUCUGCCUCCUCAUUUUUCAGCUGUUGGAUCAGACAAUGACAUUCCUCUAGAUUUGGCGAUAAAACAUUCCAGACCUGGGCCAACUGCAAAUGGUGCCUCCAAGGAGAAAGCGAAGGCACCGGCCAAUGUAAAAAAUGAAGGUCCCUUGAAUGUAGUGAAAACGGAGAAGGUUGACCGAAGUACUCAAGAUGAACUGUCAACCAAGUGUGUGCACUGUGGCAUUGUCUUUUUGGAUGAAGUGAUGUAUGCCUUGCAUAUGAGUUGCCAUGGUGACAGUGGACCUUUUCAGUGCAGUAUAUGCCAAUAUUUUUGCACGGACAAGUAUGACUUCACGACUCACAUCCAGAGGGGCCUACAUAGGAACAAUGCACAAGCUGAAACGAAUGGCAAAUCUAAAGAGUAAAAUAAAAAUAAAAAUAAAAUAAACCUUAGCACUUAGCACAAUUAAACAGAAAUAGGUUUCCUUGAUGGGGAUUCAAUAGCUUGUAAUGUCUUAUUAAGCACUUCAUAUAGCAAGCAUGCCUUAUCCAGUAUAAAGUCCUUCAUUCUUUUCUCUUCCCUCCUUUUCUUUCUUAUAAACAAAAAAAGUGAAUUCCCUAGAAAGAGAGGCAAAAUGGAUGGCAGCUGGAAUGGGGCAUGGGGUGGGUAGGGCUAAAGGAUAAUCACUUGCAACCCGUCCCAUCAAAACUAUACAAAAGACACUAUAUCAGGGCAAGUCUCUUUGGGGGAAAAAUCUUAAGCAGAUAACUAAUGCUUUUCUUCUUGUACGAAAAAAAAAACCUUAGCUGGCUAGAAUGCAAAGAUGUAUAAUGCUGAAGCAGGUGUACAGUAAGAUAUGCACACUGUAUAGCAAAAUGGACUUAUAAAUAAACUGAUGUCCAGAAAUCUAGUAGUAUUUUUUUCAUUUGGGUUCACUUUGGCCUAAUUAGAAAUUAUAAUUUCUACAAUCUGGAGGAAGUACUUCUCUCUGGAUAUCAGUCAGUGCCUAUUACUUGAUCACUACAUUUUUCAGUCUGCAGCAGUUGCUCCCAGUCUUUCAAGGUUUAGAGAAAAAAUGGACAACACAUGGUCCGUGGCUGCUUGUGCCCCUCUUGAUUAUUGUGCAUCCCCCUUCUCCAUUGCCAAACAUUCUGGGCUGCUGCCACUAAAAUCCUAGCUAUUUUGUUAGGAAAAAGAAUGUGCAGGAAGCAUGUCCCUUGUUUCUCAGAAGAAAUGUACUUAUAGUAUAUUGUUGAAGGUACGGCCUUGUUAGGGAGGAGCACAUGUUUCCUACACAUCACUUUCCUCAGCAAUAUUGCUGGGAUUUUAGCCGUGGUAGACAUUUCAGCAGUGGCGUUUCAGGGAUUCAUAGCAGGAAGAAGUACCCCCAUUGGGUUUUGGAUAACAGCAUGUGGCUACCCAACAAGUUAUUCUCCAAUAGGAUGUGUAGCUACUUGCAGAUCAAGGAUCAUGAAGGACACAAUAUACUGUUCCUUCUUCCUUUUUGAGAUGAAAAACUUCUCAGGAAGCAUGAAGUAAGUGAUUUAUGGGCCUUUGAAAAUGAAAAUGAUAUACACAGAGAAGAGGUUUUUCUUUCCAUCCUGCCUCAUAAAUCUUUGAAAGAUUUGGGGAGGCCCUUGUGAAGUGUAGAUCAUGCUAGUCUUCAUUUAAUUCCAACUUAAAAUGUACUCAGGAGUUGCAGGCUUUCAUGGGUAACUUUGGCCAAAAUACAGAUUUUGGAGUACAGUCUUAUAGUAAAGCAUUCUCUUUAAUGACCUGCCUCUGAAAGCUAGUUUUAUGAACUUGAUAGGCAUAGUUUUAAUGUUUCACAUUAGCUGUUCUCUCUCAAUUUUGCUUCAGGGUUGACUGCACGACUGACUUCCCCCAAAUGUACUUUGGUUAUUUGUACGCAGCAGUCAAUUUCUUUACUAGACUUAAUGCCAACCGUUGCUAGCAUUUGCCUUCAUGGCUGUUUUGUUGUUUUUGUUGUUGUUUUACUACUUUAAAGAAAUAAAAAAAACCUUUUGUAAAAAUUAUUCCAUGAAGGGAAAGCUCCUCAGCGUAACUGCUCAGGGAAAUAGGGCUAAAGAACUAAAUAUUCAGUCAUCGGUGCAAGGUGCUGUUAGAAAAGCCUCCAUAGAUGCUACAAGGAUCUACAAAGGAUGGACUUCCAAUCAUUUGCAUUAUCUCAGCCCAGCCAGUAGUUUAGAUUAUUUUUUACGAAGGGAUAUACAAGAGAUAUUACAAGCUACUGGAUGCACUGUCAGAUUAACUUAUUUCAUUUAAGAAGUUGGGAGAACAAAUAGGAAAAAAACUUAUUUUUCUAGUAAAUAUUAAUGUAUUACAUUUCAAAUAAUGGUGCCUGACAUAUUGAAUAAUUAUUUUCUACAGUGUACGUAUGCAACAAAGAUAUUCCAUCAUGCAUAAGAUUCAGCGCUGGCUCAGCCUCGCUCUGUUUACAUUUGCAAAUGUAGCAAACAAGGUAAUGAAGCAACUUUCUAUUGCAGUAGGGUAUCUUUUAUUUGUGUGUGUGUGUGGAUUAAAAUUGUAAACGGUAACAUGAAAUGAAUGGACUUUGUUGAUAUUAAUGAUAUUGGGGAGGGGAAAGAAGAUGACGAAGAAGAAAAAAGAAGAAGGAAAUGAAAAUAUUUUUAUGCCUACUUAGGAGGAAGAAAAAGGGUAGCACUAUUCAUUCCAAGUACUUUUUUGUAUUCUUAAGCUCUUAACUCACAUUGUUAUGCUUAAAAUGAUAAACAUAUAUCUUCUUUUUA